AUGACUGCUCUGCUUCCCAACGUCAGUGUUCCUGGGAGUACGGCAGCUUUGCUGGUGACCACUGACUGUCCGUUUAACCUGACUGCAGCUGCUCAGGCAGGACUGGGGUCAGGCCAUUCACUGGCCCCACUAUGUACCGUGUGUUGCUGUGGGGUUCUCAAUCGCACCUUGGCAGUGGCAUUCAUGGUCAGCCUAGCAUUUGCCAUCGUGGUUGGGAACGUGGUCACACUUACAGUGUUUGUGCAGACCAGACAGUCGAGAACACCACAGGGAUACCUGAAAGUGUCUCUGGCCAUAGCAGAUAUGAUGGUCGGUGUCCUCGUGGUUCCUUUUUCCAUCUACACUGAAAUCUCUCUGAUGGUAACCACCACGCCCCCUGUUUGGUAUCAGGGUACUUCUACUUCCCCUGCCAACUCCUCUUCUCGUGGUGGACUAGUAAGCCCAUGGCAGCCCUGCAUGCUGAUUGGUCCAGUGUUUGCUGGAUGCACAUUUGUUUCCAUCAGCACCAUUUUCCUAAUGACUUUGGAGCGCAGUGUGGCCAUCCUGUGGCCACUCCAAAAGGACGCCUUGGUGACCCGAAGACGAACUCUGUUCCUCAUCCUGUUCUCCUGGGCUUCCAGCUUUCUGCUGGCUUUAGCGCCUCUCAUCUUCAGCAGAAACUUCACUUUGGAGUACAAUGAGUGCAGUCGCAUGUGUAACUACACCCCACUCAUGCUUGGAGGCCAUCUCCCGCCAGAUGCCAACAUCUUGUUGUUAUUCCCAGCGUUCGAUUUCACACUGCUCGGUGGCACAUUGGCUGUUAAUAUCGUGUCUUUCACUAGCAUUCGGCGGUACUCCCAAAAACGCAAACUACUCUCAGAGGGGAGUCUGAGCGAUGGAGGAGGAGGAGGUGGAGGAUGCCCUCACAGGCCCUCUUUUUCAGACAUCAAAGCAGCCAAAACAAUUGGCAUAUUAACAUUUGCCUUUACAGCAUCCUUCACGCCCAUUGCAGUGUUUGUGCUCGGGAACGUGGUGGGAUACACCUGGUGUAAUUUCUCCUUUUUUGCCUUCUGGAUUCUGACAGGAAACAGUUGCUGUAAUGUUAUUAUUUACAGCGUCAGGGACCACCGCUUCAGGAAGGGUGUGACCCUGCUGUUUCAACGAGAUCAAUCCCCCCCGCAUGGCGAGAAGAACUAA